AUGGCAGCAGGGAGUUGCACGACAUGGCCCUUCCUGCUCCAACCGAGUGCCCUGAGGACCAAGAGCGCGCCUGCGCGCUGCACGCCGGGGACCACCUCGCGCCAGCUCGGUGCCGGUCUGUACCUCGUCUUGUCUUACCUCACACAUUCCGGCAACCCGUUCGGCUGCCAGAUCUUCGCCCCCGGCUCGACGGACCUCAAGCUCGUCGCCACACGCCCGACCAAGGCCAGCGACAAGCUCACGAUUGGGUUGACGACCUCCAGCGCUCGGUCGAAUCAAGAGGUGGAUUACAUGAAGGGCGCGGAUGACCAGUGUGGCAACAUCUUCGACCCUCAGCUCCUCUCUGACCUCCUCUCCUCCCCCAUCCUCACCCACUUGGGCUGGUCUGUGCACGUCGAGCUCGCCUUCGACGAUAAAUGCGCCGUCUUCUCCCCCGCGCCCGCCGACGAGUCCCCGCUUUCAGCGGUCCCGUUCACAGACAACAAGGACCGGUACACGGAGCUCCCUGGACUCCUCGCCCUCCACUCUCCCCGCCUCGCCGAGUUCAUCGCGCCCUCCAGCGAGCCCUGGCCCGGCACGGCGACAGAGGAGGGCAUGGCCAUCUGCGUCGAUCGCUGCUACCCGUCGAUCACAUGUAUCAUGGAGCGCGCGCGCGGACGGACUCGUCGCCCCGCGCCCCGCGUUUGA